CAUGAUAAUCCCACCCGUCGUUCAAGCGGCGGCGAGAUCCCUUUCCCGUCGCCGCCUUUCCCUUUAACAAGCUCUCGGGGGCCACCCCUGAGUUGGCUCCUCCUCUGCCAGGAACUGCGUUGCUGGGGAAUUCCCAGCCAGGCUUUUUAACUCUUCAAAAAAAAAAACACACACACACACACAGCAAGAGGCCUGCCUGUGUCCUGCGGUCUCCUGAUUUCCUCGGUGUGGCACUGGGUGGGUCCUUUCUCCCGUGCCUGAAGGGCGUAGUCUCGUUUGUUUCGGCUUUAGCCAACCAGCCUGAUCGGGUUUCUCUGUUUGCUGAAGGAUCAGGCUUCAAGGAGGGUCCCGGAGUUGUCAAGGGCCGAUACAAAAGGUGACAAAAUGGCAGCGGAAUCGAUCAUCCGGAUCCCACCGUAUCACUACAUCCACGUCUUGGACCAGAACUCAAAUGUGACUCGAGUAGAAAUGGGGCCCAAGACUUAUAUACGCCAAGACAAUGAGAGGAUCGUCUUUCCCCCGAUGAAGAUGGUGAUGGUCCCCCCACGCCAUUACUGUAUCAUCUUCAACCCGGUGGUUCGGGGAGCAGAUAACGCAGUGCAAUUCGACGCGGUGGGGCAGGUGCGGCUGAGACACGCUGACCUAGAGAUCAGGCUGGCCCAGGACCCUUUCCCUUUGUACCCAGGAGAGGAGCUGCAGCAGGGUGUUACGCCCCUGCAGGUGGUCUCAGCUAACACCGCCCUCCACCUCCGAGCACUUCUGGACAUGGAAGAUGACAAGGACGGGAAACACGUUGCCGGUGACGAGUGGCUGUUUGAAGGACCAGGCACCUAUAUCCCACGCAAGGAGGUCGAGGUCGUGGAGACGAUCCAAGCCACCAUCAUUCGGCCCAACCAGGCAAUCAGACUUCAGGCGCGCAAGGAGUGUGUGGACAGGGAAGGGAAUAGACGCGUGACAGGCGAGGAGUGGCUGGUGAAGCGGGUUGGGGCUUAUUUGCCUGGAGUUUUUGAGGAAGUGGUUGACACCGUGGAUGCCUUUGUGCUGACUGAGAAGAAAGCGCUGCAUCUCCGGGCCACCAAGACAUUCCGGGACUCCCAGGGGACCGUGAGAAAGACCGGGGAAGAGUGGCUGGUCACCAUGGCUGAUUCCGAGGCCCACAUCCCUGACGUUUACGAGGAAGUGGUGCGCAUUGUUGACAUUAUCACCCUGAACAGCUGCCAGUACUGUGUUGUUUGUGACCCGGUGGACUCCAGCGGCAAACCUCAACUCGGGCAGAAGAAGGUGAUCAAGGGAGAGACCUCCUUUUUCCUGCAACCUGGAGAAAGGCUGGAGAACGAGAUACAGGACACUUACAUCCUCUCGGAGGAUGAGGGACUCUUGCUGCGUGCACUCCGACCCUUUGAAGACGAGAACGAGGAUGGGGAGGAGGUGAUGCGCAAGCCGGGGGACCGCUGGCUGAUCCAGGGGCCUCUGGAGUACGUACCGCCUGCAGAAGUAGAAGUGCUAGAACGGCGCCAUGCCCUCCCGCUGGCUGAGAACGAGGGCAUUUAUGUGAGGGAUAUCAAAUCAGGAAAGGUCCGAGCUGUCAUUGGCCACACUUAUAUGCUAACUCAGGAUGAGGAACUGUGGGAAAAGGAGCUCCCGCCCCACGUCGAGACCUUGCUGUGCUUGGGGAGGGACCCCGCAUUGGAUCGCUCCAGGGAAACUUCCGAAGGGGGUGGAACGCCUCGUGACCGGACCCGAGUGGUGACCUACCGUGUCCCUCACAAUGCUGCGGUGCAAGUGUACGACUACAAGGAGCGUAAAGCCAGGGUGGUUUUUGGGCCAGAACUGGUGCUGCUGGGCCCAGACGAGCAGUUCACGGUGCUGAGCCUUUCAGGGGGCCGACCUAAGCGGCCCCACGCCCGCCGCGCCAUCUGCCUCCUCAUGGGGCCUGACUUCUGCACUGACGUUGUCACCAUUGAGACGGCGGAUCACGCCCGCCUGCAGCUCCAGCUGGCCUACAACUGGCACUUUGAGAACCCUCCUGUUGCUGAGGCCUCUCGCCUCUUCAGUGUCCUGGAUUUCGUAGGCGAUGCCUGCAAGAUGUUGGCCUCGCGCAUCCGAGGGGCUGUGGCCGCCGUCACAUUUGACGACUUCCAUAAGAACUCCAGCCGUCUCAUCUGUGCGGCCGUGUUUGGCUUCGACGCCGAAGGGAAGCUGCGCAACUCCCUGCGCUUUGCCCCCAACGGCCUCGUCAUUAGCAGCAUCGACAUCCAGAGCGUGGAGCCCGUGGACCAGAGGACCCGCGAUGCCCUCCAGCACAGUGUCCAGCUGGCCAUCGAAAUCACCACCAAUUCGCAGGAGGCAGCAGCUCGGCAUGAAGCAGAGCGACUGGAGCAAGAGGCACGGGGACGUCUGGAGCGGCAGAAAAUCCUUGACCAGGCCGAGGCAGAACGGGCCCGGAAGGAGCUUCUGGAGCUGGAAGCGCUGAGCACAGCGGUCGAGAGCACCGGAGCAGCCAAGGCUGAGGCCCAGUCACGAGCAGAGGCAGCCCGCAUUGAGGGAGAAGGGGCGGUCCUGCAAGCCAAGCUCAAAGCGGACGCCAUGGCCAUUGAGACGGCAGCAGAAUUGCAACGCCUGGCUAAAGCUCGGGAGCAGGAGCUCGGCUUCUCCAAGGCACAGGCUGACCUGGAUGUGGCCCGUGCUGAGGCGUUGGCGGCUGUCGAAGUGAAGAAAUUUGAGGCCGUGACCAAGGCUCUGGGCGCCAACACCAUCCGGGACAUUGCUGUGGCCGGGCCAGAGAUGCAGGCAAAACUGCUCCAAGGCUUGGGUAUCCAAUCCACACUCAUCACAGACGGCACCUCCCCGAUCAACCUUUUCACAGCUGCAGGAGGACUGCUGGGGAUUCUUCCUAAGCCUUCUACAACCUGAUUGGUGGUGGAAAUACAUACCUCUCUCUCUCCCCGCCAGGCUUCUAAGUGCCUUAGAGAGCAGUGGGGCUAGAGGGCAAGUCUUCCUUUUCUGUUGGGCUGCCCUUGAAGAUGCCUUCACUUUUGGGCUGCCCUUGAACGUGCCUUCACUUUCAGCCAUGAUAUUUUUGUUUCCUUCUGUCUGAUGGCAAUCAUGUUGUUUUCCUUUCCAGUGCUGCUUGCUUAAAGUUACAAGGAGGAAAAAGAAGAUGGCUGACAAUAAAGUCUUCUGUGUCACACAA